AUGACCCAAUCCACAUCCCACCCCUCCUCGUCGAAUGAUUCCGAUUCUUCCAAUGCGGUACAAUACAUGCCAAACACUGGCAUGUAUAUGGGUCAAUUUCCCUGGCCCCAGCCCGCGUACAUUCCUCAUCCAGGCUUCUACAAUCCUGAUGAUGUGGAGCCUGAUGCACCACAUGGUGACGCCCCCUCAUACGCUCCCGUCGCACCUUCGCCUAAUGUGGGUGCUGGAAUUGAGCAUCACGCAUUCCAAGCAGGACCAAAUGGUUAUUACCCCCCUGCAGUAGCUGAUAUAUUGGGUGCCACUUAUGUUGGUCCAUACCCACCGCUAACUCAGGCUGCUCCUCCGCCACAACACCCAUCCGCGCCACCCCUGUACCAUCAAUCUUUCCCAUCGAGUUCUUUUCCAGGAGCCACGAACCCUUACACUCCACCCGAACCGCACCAAGAAUAUAUCCACCAGAAUCACGCGCCUUGGCUUUCAGCGCCCUUUGCUCCCUUGUUUGUCCCUCAAGCACCAAGUUUGUCGGUCGGUAAAAAGCGCGUCGCCGAAGGCCUCGAAGAACGCGGCGUCAAGCGAACUAAAAUAGUCUCCAGCAGGAUCAAGAACGACCCGUUAUUUAAACCCGUGUUAGAUCAACAUGGUCAACCCAACGGGACAUUCGUGUGUUCCAAAGACGGCAUAAUACUCAAUCCUGAAAGCUAUCUUAAGCACCUCAAGACGAAAAAUCACCUAGGCUUCAAACUAGAGAAAUACAAAUGCCCCGGUUGUAUCAAAACUUAUGCCCGACGUGAUGCCUGCAAGAGGCACUGGGACGACGGUUGUGGAAAGCUAGCACCUGAGGGCGCUCGGCAAUCAUACGCAGACGCUUGCAGAAAUUCCACGAGUUCCGCCUCUGCCGCGCCUGUGACAAUGCCUACCGCGCCUGCGACAGCACCUACCACGGCAUUCACAUAUUCUUACCCGUACCCCAUGCCCGUCACGUCGAUGUCCGGAAACGGGCCGAUCGCGUUCCCAGCAGCUUGGGUUGCGCAGUCGUAUGGAACGCCCACUGUCGCGGAUCCCGUACUUUGCCUCUCUCAGUCACCAGAGAAUAACAUGGUCACAGAGCCCACCGAAGACGAAGACGAAGACGACGAAGACGACGCUGAUUUUUGGGAGGCUAAUGAGAUACGGGACACAGAUGAGAUGUAG